AGACCCAGCAGCAAAGCAGAAGAGAAGAGGAAGAGGAGAAGAAGAAGAGGCGAGGCAGUGAAAUAAAUGGCCGUGUCUUCUCCGAGCAGUUCGGUUCAAUCAACCAUGGAAAAGUACGGAAUUAAACCUUUAACAAAAUCUAAUAUAUUAGAACACUACGCUCCUCUAUUCGGUGUUGCUAAUUAUGGUGUUCUCGCAAUCAACGUCAUGAAUCCAAACUGGAUGGUUAAGAUAUCACCGAAGCGAGACGUCACAAACUUCCUUCUUUUAGGCUCAGUUGUUGGUACAGGACUUUACAUGGCAAACACUAAACUGGUCAAAUCAGCUCCCAAACAGAAACAAAUUUUAUACAGUGCAUGUGGAUCGUUGCUGUUCACGUUCGGAUCAGUGUUGCUGUGGGCCGUGCUGAGAAACAUUCUGCCAGACAACAAGCUGCUUGCUGUCUCUGCUGGAGUUGUGUCUGGUGCCACUCUAACAGUUGUUAGUAAGGAGUAUCUAGAGUAUAUUGACUCCAAACUUAAGUAAGGUCUUCACUAGUAGCAAUAGUAUCUUAACUAUUUCCCUACAAUAAUAUUAGUUGCGGAAAACAAUGUUUUUGGGCAUUGAAUAUUGGGAUGGGUGUUAUGUUGGUGCCUAUAUUUUAAAAUUAAUCGUAUUGCCUAAUAUUUGCAUUUUUGCAAGACAUUAUUUUUUUUGUUCUCACCUUUACCAAAACGUAUGCCACUAUCUUUAGUGGCUUCGUUAAAUCACAGCAACCAAGCAACAAUUAUUAAUUAUAAAUUACGAUUAUAUUUUUAAAAGAAUAUUUUAAUCCGGUAUCUCUAUGAAAAAAGACCACCCACUCUAGUCAUGUAACCAUAUUUUUAUGUAGUAUCUACAAUAAUUUAUUUUAUUAACUUGUUCAAUGCAGAGUAAUAAGUGCAUGUGGUUUCCUUGGCCCACAUACACCAUGGGCCGCCAUGGGUAUCUCCAUAGGUGGCUUACAGUGACCCAAUGUAUUUAAGAUUGUUUGCCAGUAGUGCACAGUAAUCAAAUUAUUGAUAAUGCAGAUGUGCAGGGUAACUUAAAACAUCUUAUUUAAUAUCCUGUGUCUGAUAACAUUUAAUUUAGUUGAUGGAAAGUUACAGACUAUGUUGUAUUGUGGUAUCUCUUAAGGUUAUAUCUUUGUUCACCUUUAUUAUACAGUUCAAAUAAUCAUUUUGGUCUUAAUAAGAUUCUAUUAAUCAUUGUUCUACAUACAACAUGUUUCAUUAAUCCACAAACAUUUCAAUAGGCCUAACUUCACUUUUAUGUUACAAAAUGAAACGAUCAAAUCUUAAACAAUUCAAUUGUUUAAAUCAACUCUUUUGACUUUGUUUAAAAAUGGAGUGUUAUGUAAAACAAUAGGCCUAUUAUUCAAGUGAAAGACUGGUCAACAAGACAACCAAUACAAUGUCAGUGGUAAUUAGUUAAGUACUUAUAACUGCUUGUGAAUUUGUUAGACUGUUAUAAACCAUUGUGGACUGUCUCAUCUAGUGACUUUUUAGAUAUUAAUAGGCUAUAGGAAGUGUAGGGUAAGGAUAUAAUUUAUUAAUCUUCCCAAAACUUUUAACUUUACAUUGAUUGAGGUUGUACUUUUUGGUUUUUGUUUUUAUUUGCCGAAAACAUUUGUCAGAGGAAGUCUGCACGAUUUACUUGCUCAAGGGUAUGUUGUUAAUUGUUACGAAACAACCAUUUUAUUUUAACAGUUUUUAAAUUUAAAAAGACUGAAAUUAAACUAUACUACGAGAAAGAAGAUUGGUUUUACUAGAUGUGCAAACUUUAUCAAUAAUGAUUCUUCUAAAGUCAACCUUACUCUGCUUAUGUAUGAUUGGUCAAGUUAAAGUGGCAGUGUUGUAUAUUUAUUUCUGUACAAACAUUUUCAAUAAAUUGUGAUAAAACGUU